AGGAAGAUGCUGGACGCUCAGAGGAGGUGGCGGGGCAGCAGGGAGGGGCAGGAGUGGGACGCGAAGCGGCAGCAGCUGCCCGUGGUGCAGAUCCGGGCAGGCCUGCUGGCUGCCCUGGCAGACCACGAUCUCGUGGUUGUGGGUGGCGACACCGGCUGUGGGAAGACCACACAGGCAUGCCCCCUAAUCAAUUGCACUGCAGUGCCUCAAUUCCUGCUGGACGCGGCGAUCGAGGCGGGGCAGGGUGGUGCGUGCAGCAUUGUGUGCACGCAGCCGCGGCGCAUCGCAGCCAUCUCCGUGGCCGACCGCGUUGCCUGCGAGCGCGGCGAGCCUGCCCCGGGCGCCGCCGGCGCGCGAGUCGGGUACCAUGUACGGCUAGACGCUGCGAGCACGCGUGACACGCGGCUGCUGUUCUGCACCACGGGCAUCCUGUUGCGACGGCUCGCCUCCGAGCCGCAGCUGGCUUCCGUCUCCCAUGUGAUUGUGGACGAGGUGCACGAGCGAACGCUGCAGAGUGAUUUCCUGAUGGCCCUCCUGAAGGACAUCCUCGCCAAGAGGCGGUCCCGCGGCCAUCCCCUCAAAGUGGUUCUGAUGUCUGCCACGCUGGACUCGAACCUGUUUGCCAGGUACUAUGGCGACUGCCCUGUGCUUGUGGCGGGCGGCCGCACAUUCCCAGUCGAGCACCACUUCCUGGAAGACACCUACGAGCUUACAGGGUGCUGCUCACUCUCGUCACCUUGGUCAUUUCAUGGACUUCCUUCUUCCAGUGGUGCUUGUGGGUGCCAAGCCGCGGGCUGGGGAGAUGAUGCGGCUGACGCGGGCGCUCUCAACCCGCACUUUGACGCAGAGCGCUACGCGAAUUUCAGUGUUUCGACUCGGAGAAAUUUGGCGCGGCUGGACGAGAAUCGCAUCGACUAUGACCUGCUGGAAGAGCUGGUUGCGCACAUAGACGGCAGCUACGAGGAAGGCGCCAUCCUCGUCUUUCUCCCUGGUCUGGGGGAGAUAAUGGCGGUGUACGAUCGGCUGACGGCGUCGCGCGCGCACCGGGAGGGGACACUGCUGGUGCUGCCGCUCCAUUCGAGCAUUUCCCCCGGGGAGCAGCGCCGCGUUUUCGAGCGGCCGCCUGCGCAUGUGCGCAAGGUUGUGCUGGCCACCAACAUCGCAGAGACCAGCCUGACCAUCGAGGACGUGGUCUACGUUGUCGACAGCGGCAAGCUCAAGGAGCGGAGGUAUGAUGCGAGCCGGGGCAUGAGCCUGCUGGUGGAAGACUGGGUCAGCCGAGCGAGCGCGCUGCAGCGCCGGGGCCGUGCCGGGCGAGUGCGGCCGGGCCGCUGCUUCGGCCUCUACACGCGGCACCGCUUCGAGGAGCGCAUGCGCAACAACUCAGGCGGUUUAAUGGUAUCUGUGCAGGCUCCAGAAAUGGCGCGAGUGCCGCUUGAGGAGCUCGUGCUGCAGAUCCACCUGCUGGGCCUCGGGCCAGCCGCGCAGUUCCUCUCCAAGGUGCUGGAGCCGCCGCCGCCGCGCAGCGUCACGGGAGCUGUCACGCAGCUGCAGACCAUCGGCGCGCUCACCCCCUCCGAACAGCUCACGCCCCUGGGCCGCAAUCUGGCCCAGCUGCCAGUGGACGCCAAGGUAGGCAAGCUGCUGCUGCUGGGCGCAUCAUUAGGCUGCCUCUCCCCGGCACUCACAAUUGCGGCCUGCCUCUCCUACAAGAGCCCCUUCUCGGCGCCCUUCGAGCAGCAGGAUGCCGCCAUGCGCGCCAAACAGGCAUUCGGCAGCGGGAAUGUGGCUUCUGGGCAGCAGUCGGACCACCUGCUCAUGGUGGCAGCGUUUGAUGGCUGGAUGGCCGCCUCAGCACAGGGCGGCCGGCAGACGGCCGGUGCGUUUGCGCGCAAGCACAUGUUGAGCGCGCAGACGCUGGAGAUGCUGGCAGACAUGCGGCAGCAGUUUGCGGCCAUGCUCGCCGACAUUGGCUUCGUCGCAGCUCCCAAGGGCGCACUCAGCCGCGGCCGGGGCGGCAAGGGCGGCGCCGGGGCCGCCCACUGGGUGAAGGCGGUGCUCUGCGCGGCGUUGUACCCCAACGCUGCAGUGAUGGAUGAGGCGGCCGGCAGAUCUGCGCGGCCGGCCUGGAAUGAUGGGACGGCGGAUGUGCACAUCCACCCCUCCUCCAUCAACCACCCCCUGGAGGCUCACCAGUUCCUGCGCCCCUACCUCGUCUACCUUGAAAAGGUGCGCACGAGCCGCACGUUCCUGCGCGACUGUACGGUGGUGUCGCCAAUGGCGCUGCUGCUAUUUGGUGGCGAGCUGGCGGUGGUGCACGAGGGAGGGUACGCCCUCAUAGACAACUGGAUCCGCAUCCGCGCCUCUGCCCCCACCGCCGUUCUCGUCAAGCAGCUGCGCGCUGCGCUGGACGCGCUCCUCGAGAAGAAGGUGCGGUCAAAUCUGUAA